AUGGUUGACUAUCAACCUCGUUAUCCUCAACCUUUCACCUUCUCCGAUGCCAUCCAGUUGGAUGUCUCUACGAUCACCGAAGAGAUCUCGAGACUUCAAAAUUCUCUAUUGCAUCUGAGAAAAACACAAGAAUUUUUACGCGAAGUCAUGGAUUCCGAUCCGAAAGAGAUCGAUGUUGAAGUCAAAGCCGCGCUCGAAGAGAAUCAACAGGUCAUACUGGCGCAAGAAGAGAGGAUCAUGAUGCUUAAGUUGGCACUCGCAGAGAAGGGAUCAGUUAUGGGGAAACACUAUGAUUUGGUCCCUCCGGGGUCCUCAGGCAAAGACGGAACCUCUUGGCAAAACCCACCAGAACCUAGCAGCGAAGAAAAUGAAGGUGAUCAAGGAAUUCAUCUUUGA